CGAAUUGCGAAACCAAGUCGGCCUCCUGCACGCCCAAUUCCCACAACCCCGCGCUGAGGGAGCCUCGGCGAGCGAAGUUCCUCUUCAGUCCAGUCCAGCCCUGCCCGCCUCUUGGCUACGCGGGUGGGGCCCUGAGGGAAGGGCUCUUUCUCCGGUCUACGGGAAACGAAGCCAUAAGCGAGCGAAGCUGACGCCGGUUUUCUCCGCCCCGCCGCCCUCUCGCCUGCUUUUUGUUUUGCCCCUCCGGGCGCCACGAGGUCUCCCUUCCCCAUUGAGACGGACGAGGGGUGGGGGGAGCGAUGGGGCUCGCGCGGCCCUUGGUCUUGCUGGCGCUCUUGCCUUUGGCCUUUGGGGGCUGGCCUGGCGCGGAGCAACGGCAGGCCGAAGUGCCUCCACCUACAAAUGUUACAAUACAAACAUAUAAUUUCAAGACCUCCUUACAUUGGGAUUAUCAAAACAUGUCACCAAAGCCUCUCUUUACUGUGAAAAUCCUGUGCUAUGGCAACUCUUAUACAGAAGUAAGUUCUUGUGCAAACAUAUCUCAGCAUUAUUGUGACCUCACCCACAAGAUCAAUAAGGAAUGUAUUUCGUUGUGGGCAAAAGUUAAAGCUCUUGCUGGGUCACGUGAAUCUGAAUAUAAGGAGAGUGAAUCAUUUGACCCAAUAAGGGAUGCUCGAAUUGGACCAGCAAAGUUUAACCUCUCUGUUGAGGAUGGUGAAAUUGCAGUGGAUAUUGAGCAUCCUCUCACUCCAUAUCAUAAUGUAAAGGAAAACCUCACUGAUUUCUCCUAUAAAGUAUUUCUUUGGGAAAAGGAAAAUCCACAAGAGCGUGAUGAGUUUGAAGCUGAUAUAUGUAACAUGGAUAUGUGUAGUGUCUCUCUACACGUUCAUCUGGGUUUCACAUACUGUGUUUCAGUUCAAGGAAUUUCAGCAGACAAUUCAGUGACUGGUGAAGAAUCAAAAGCAGACUGUAUUACUGUUCCUUCCAAACGCCCAUUAGAUAAAACAGGACUUAUCAUUGGUGGAGUUGUUUCCUGUGUUGUUGUCGGUGUGGUUCUUGCAAUAUUUUUGGCAUGCAAAUGGGCUGAAAAGAGAAACAUUCCACUGCCCAAAUCUCUGGUUUCUAUAGUAAGAAGCAUAAAACCUGUCAACACUUUUGAAACAAAAGCUGAAGGGAAAUACUCUGCAAUAUCUCCUUUCACGUAUAAUUCAGAUGAAAAGCCAAUGGAAACAAUAGAUCACAUAACAGAAGUUGAGACCAUUGACCCCAAUGACUCUGGCAAGAUUGCUGUUGACUCCCAGACCAUUCAGCAAGCCGCAGCUGAAGAAAGCUGUGAGAGUGAACAAAGCCCCGAAGCCAGUGAUGCUUACUUUAAAUCUGUCAGUGGCCAAGAAGAAAUGUGUAACAGUCUUCUGAAUGAGGAUGACCCCAGAGUAGAUGUACAGCAACCCACAGACUUAGGAGCCUGUAGAAAGGUGUCUGGAUAUGACAAGCCUCACUGGAAGUGCUCUGACACUGUUGGAGACGAAUCAGCAGUUGCAUAGAUGCCCACUGAUGAGAUGUAAGCAAAGAAGUAAAAUGUAUCUGUUAGGAUGAAGGACGGAGAAGCAGAAGUUCACAAAACUGAAGACUGAAGCAGUAGACAUCAUCAGCUAAAACUGAGCUGAUGCUUAAAGUCUGAGAUACAGAAUGUAUCUGCUGAAUCAACUUUCCCUUAAUAAUCGGCAUGACUUUGAUGUGAGAGCACAAGUACAAAAUGGAGAGAGUUCUGCUUUGUAAUCUCUUGUGUGCAUGGAGGUCUCUUUUCCACUGAAGUAAAUUGAUUAGUGCAUAAGACUGUUAAGUAUUGAUCUGCUGCUGUCUGUAAGUAAGCACUUAGGACAAAAUACACUCCUUUUUGUCUUUUCUCUAAUUACAUGUAUGUUGUAGCAGGAAUAACAAAGUAUAAAAUGGUGUCAGAAACUUUUUCAGUACUUAGUUCACUUUACAAAUGUCUUAUUAUCCUGGGGUCAUAGCCAAUUCAUCUGAUUUUAUGUAAUUGACAUUGCAACUUGGACACAUUGCAUGUUUUCAUCAGUCUUAUUUUGACAUGGCUGCCCUCCAAUGUUAAGGAGAGCGUUACUUGCAACACACAUUUAUUUCAAUGUUGUGAAUUAAGAUAUAAGAUAGUGGCCCUUCAUUUCUUGUUUCGUAACAUUUUAAGACAUUUUUCUAGCCAAAUUUUUAAUAUUCUCUGUAGCUAUUAGCCUAAAAUGUUUGAUUUCACAAUGUAAUAUGAAGCUGAAAUUUUCAGUUUCCUUUUCCAUCCAUUUUAAUGUAAAAUAAAUUUUGAAGUUUGAAACUUCAGGGUCAGGAGGACCCAGAGAUACAGCCCAAAUUGGCUAGUAAGCAGAAAGAUGCUGUGAAAGUCAGUAGCAUUAAUUUUAACUUAUUAGACACAAAGAGCGUUUCCUGCCUUGGAUUUCUUUUUUUCCUGUCAUGUGUAUACUACAGUGUCAGAUAACAUACAUUGAGGACACAAUAAAUGUUUAAAAUAUACUUUAUCUUGGUAUUAGAAAUUUUGGGCAUGAUUCAGCCCAAAUGAAAACCCCUUUUCUACUUAGUUCAAAAGGAAGCGAGUAAAUGCUAGUUUGUCCCUCCUGUCUAAAGCCAGUGAGACUCAGAAGGGCUUGUCUUCGGCUUGACCAUGUUUUCAGUUUUCACAGCCAUGUGAAAUAUUUUGUGUAUCUUAUUGUAUAUUGUGUCUUGUAUAUAGUUUGUACAUAUUUUUUUUACUGAAAUCUUAAUGCUUUCAAGUUUGUUGGCCUAUCAGAACUUUGAGAUAAUGUGAAAGUUCCCUCUUUCCUGCAUCUGACCUAAUAAAAGUUAUGUAAAACCA